CGUGUGUGUGUGUGUGUACGCUUGUGUGUGAAUCUCCGUUUGCAAGUCUUGAAGCUGAAACUUAAGACUGAAGCUGAAGACCUGAAAACAACAACCUCUUAAGGAUCUCCGCAUAUGACAAAUUUUUGUUUGUUUGUUUGUUUGUUUGUUUACUUGCUUCUUUUUGACGAUUCCUGGGAAUAACGUGAACUUUUUUUCUUUUUUUUUUUUGGAAGUUUGCGCUACCGAGAGGGCUGUCAAGUCUUUGGAAGGUUGAGGGUUGUGUGGUGCAGACUGUCAUUAAGUGUAGUUUGGGGGGGGGGAGUUUUUGACACAAAUGCUGGUAGAACAUGAAGAGGACGAGACUUUUCACCGAUCAGACGGAACUUGUCUGAGGUCCGAUUAAAGUCGGAGGACGAAUAUGAGUUACUGAAACAGCGGUAAAUAUCGUCGUGUGUUAAAGAUUAUGCCCGCUGGUGCCCGUGCUUUUGCUUAUUCUACUACAUCUUGCCAGUCAUCACACCCCAAGCAGCCUAUUGCUUUAAACGUCUGGGAGAUUUCCAGCACUGAUAGAUUCUGGUCUCCUGGCUCUCAGCUUCAGAGCAGAUGUGGGAGGAGGACCGUAGCCCCGGUGCCAGCUCGCCUCAGCCUCCAGAUGGUGCCCAUCUCGGCCCAGAGACCUCACCAGAGGAGUGCCCCAAUGGCCCCAGCUCAGGCGGGGAUGGAAGCGGCGAGAAUGCUGAGCAGGAGCCACGCAUGGAGGAAACAACAAACACGGACAAUGUCGAAAACAACAACAGUCUAUCACAGCUGGAUUUCAGCAACACGCCCAGCAAAAGCAUCACAUGUCAACCUCAGGCCAGGUCUACGCCCCUGCACAAGUCUUUAACCAGCCCAUCGGAGUCUGCAGCACUUCUGAAAAACGGCAAGUCUCUCAAAGCCCAAGUGCACAGCAAUGGCGUCAAGAACGGUGCGGCACUCUUGCGCGCGGCGGCGUCAACAUCCUCAUCUUCGUGUGCACAUCAUAAGAACCCCAAGAAGUUGCAAUCGAAUCCGUCGAUCAACAGCCAAAGCAGCAAGAGGAGUAAAGGAAGCUCCAAAUCCAACAGCUCGCAGAUCCCCACAGAGGCCCAGGAUGACUGCUGUGUGCACUGCAUCCUGGCCUGCCUGUUCUGUGAGUUCCUAAUGCUGUGCAACAUCGUGCUGGACUGUGCAACAUGCGGCUCCUGCUCCUCCGAUGACUCGUGCUUCUGCUGCUGCUGUGGCUCGGAAGAAUGCGGUGACUGCGAGCUACCAUGCGACAUGGACUGCGGCAUCAUCGACGCCUGCUGCGAGUCGGCCGACUGCCUUGAGAUCUGCAUGGAGUGCUGCGGCCUCUGCUUUUCGUCCUGAGCCUCCUGUAGGGGGCAUUGCAGUGUUCGCUCAAAACUUCUAGAGAGAAGUUCCACGUGGGAAAUGCAAUCAGAGGACUCCUGACUUACCAGGCUUCGGGGUCGGUUUGCCAAUGAGAAGCAUGAGAAAUCCUGUGAGGGAGGUUCGGCUCUGUUUUCCCGAACUUGAUGAUUGGGCUCCAGUUCAGCCUGCUUGAAAGUCAGAGACUUUUAGCCUCAGAUUUUACAAGAAUUCUGGGACAUUGGCUGUUUUUUGCAGUCUGCUUUAAGACUCUUCUUCCUGAUCCGUCUUCUGUAGUCUUAAUUGGGAAAAGAAAAUCUUUAAGACGUAGAUGCUUGCUAACGGUUGCAGUAGGCUAAAUAGGUCAAUUUCACUCCGUCAUAUUCCAUUACAACUUUUAUAACACAUU